ACGCUGGCGUACACCCCGUAUAUAUAAGUCAUCACCUCCGCAGAAUUUUCUGCAUUCUGCGUCUAUCUCUCGACAAGUGAGGGUGUACCUUUUGUAUUGUUCGUGAAGUUACUCCAUCCAAAGCUCUGUGAGUCAUUCUAUCGCGCAAUUCUAUUGUCAAUCGCAAAUUGAAAAGAUAUAUCAUUUGAGAAUUGAUAGGAACCUCCUGCAUCUCAAUUGUACUACCUUUUAAUCCUUUUACUCUGUGUGUGACUUAAGGCGAUAUUCUUUGAGAGCAUCUUACUCAAAAAAAAAAAAAAAGGAAUUUUCUCCUUGCCAACAAAUCAGUGCUCUUGUGGAUAUUUGAAUAUUUGGAAUUAAUACCAGAAAAAAGCGAUAAUGUCUAUUUCUGAUUUUCGGAAAAAGAAGCUUUUAUACGUGUUCAAUGUAUUCUUUGACGUUAACCAAAGUGGAGAAAUUGACGUCAAGGACUUCGAACAGGCCAUCGAUAAAAUUUGCACACUGAGAGGAUGGCCAUCAGGUUCGGCAAAAAACAAGGAAACUCAUGAAUCAAUGAUGAAAAUCUGGGAGGGACUGCGUUCCAAAGCAGACAAGGAUAACGAUGGCCAGGUGUCCGUGGAUGAGUGGUGCAAUAUGUGGGACGCAUACGCAAAGGAUCCCAGCACUGUAAUGGAUUGGCAGCAUAGGUACAUGAACUUCAUGUUUGAUUUGGAAGAUGCUUCUAACGAUGGCACAAUCGAUGCCAGAGAGUUUGCAACAGUUUGUUCGAGUUAUGGUACAGAUAGGAAGGAAUGCGAGGAAGCAUUUGGAAAAAUGUCCAAGGGAGCAGAAGAGGUUACUCGUGAGCAAUUUGCUAAAUUGUGGCAAGAAUACUUUGCAUCAGAGGAUCCGUCUGCACCGGGAAAUUACAUUUUUGGAAAUUUGACCUUUUAAAGUCCAAUGAGGAAUUUUUUGGAACAUUUCACAUUAAUCGGUAAACAGAAUGAUUCAUCAGAAAUAAAAACGAAUUAUUGUAAUGUGAAAAAAAAACAUUGAUAGAAAGAUAAAAUUAGAUAACUGCCAGAAUUCCUUCUUGUUCAAUUUCUCAAAACAACUUACAAUCAGUUCUAAAUAUUUACUAACUUUAAAAGAGAAAAAAAAAUGAAUUUAUCACUUUCUUCCAAAUUAUAUUUUCUGCUGAUGCAAAAUAAAAUGGAAUAUGAGUAUAAGUAUACUUCUAACAUUCCAAUUUAUCAUGUUAUAACUAUCUUCGAGUCUACGAAAGUCUAUGGAAAAUCGUCAAGUGAGUAGGGAAUAAUGUUUUAUUCUUCAAAGUAUAAAUACAAAAAAAGAUUGGAAAAAUGGUGAAAUUGUUAGAGAAAAAAAUAGACGUGAUAGAGAAUCUUUGAACAUUUCGCAUUCCUGUAAUUUUCCUGAAAGUCCCUCUGAAUUAAAAAAAAAGAAAGAAAAAGAUGUGGGGAAAAAUAGUUAAUUUGAUGAUCGAACUAUAGUCAAUACAAUUAUUAAUGCAUUUGCAAUGCAUAUAAUUUUUUUAUUAAUUGAGAACGAGACAGAAGAAUUUAAGAAAAUAAAAAAAAAUCAAUUUUGAUGAAAGCACAAAAUAUAUUAUGAGGAAUUGUUGAUAGUGUAUAGUUGAUGGUGGUGAAAAGUUUCAUAAAACAUUGUCAGGAAUUAAAAGUAAUAAACUUUAGUGAAUUGAUGAAAGUACAUACCAAACUAAAAAAUAAUUUAUUGACUGUUCAGUGUUAUACAUUCUGUAAGAACGCGACAAAGAAAAAAUACCGAAAAAACAGUCUCGAAAAAAAUCAAUUAUACCUUUUCAAUCUAUACAGAAAAAAAACUGGAACAUCUUAAGAAAACUUUGCGACUAAAAAGAACUCUUUAAAAAUCAAAAGUUUCAAUGAAUUAUCCAGCAAAACAAAAAAAAAACUUUAACCUCUUCAUGGAUAAUCAAAUUGUAUUCGUCUGUAGAAAGUAAUAUUUGAACGUUUAUCAAAAAAAAAUAGUAUGGAAAAGAAAGAAGUCUAAAGAAUUAUUCGAAGAAAUGGAAUGUUAGGAUGACGUGAAAAAAAUGUAUGUAGCCUUUCGUGAAAAAUUGUAUAGUUGUGCAAACUAUUCUUCGAUAUGAUCAUAAAUAAAGUAAAAUUUAUUGGAUGCAACGUG